CCGUUUAAUUCACAUCGACAUUAUUAUAAAUUUCUUUGUUACUUUCUUUCUAUCUUUAGAAAUAAUGAUGGAACUUCAGGGAAAGCAAAAUGCAAUCGAAAAGAUAGAGCAAUUAUUUAUUAGAAUGGAUUUUUCAAAAAUUCCUAUGUUUGAUGAUUCUGUGAUUAAACGAAUUGAUCAGAUACGCGAAAUUUUAACGUCUUUCCAUAAUAAAUGGAAUGACAUAAUAAAAACAUCUUUGGAAAAUGCAAUGAAAAAGACCAAAAUUACUAAUGAGAAUGAUACAAGAUUCACGAAAAUGUGUCAAUCUAUAGUUUAUAUUAUUAUUUUGGAUUCGGAAACUUCAAAUCUUCAAUUAACAGAAUUUAUUCAAUCUUCACUUGUAACAAGCGAUCUUUCUAAGACCAUAUUGGAUACUCUUGGACAAUCAUUUCAUAUCAUGCUAGAAAAUUUGCAUUAUAUCUUAAAUUCAUAUAAUGGUGAUAAUUUAGAAACGGAUAUACAGUGGGUUCUAUCACUUUUAUUAUACAGUUCACAGUUUGCACGAAAAACGAAAGCGGGCAAUUUAGCGAAGUGUCUUGAUGAAUUGGUCAACAUUUGGUUCCUUGUGAUGGAGAAACAAGUCAAUAAUAAUCGACAAAAUAUUCAAUGGGACAAGAUUAUAUCUUAUUUGCAAGUUAUAUUCGCUACUUUAUCAAAAGAUUCAGAUGCGUUUUUAUCUAUAUCAAAUUUAAUUAUGAAUGAGAUUUGGACCAAUCCUGAAAGAGAACGUUUCUGGGAUCCGGCAAAAUCAUCCCCGAAAAUUAUUUCAGAAUUGAAAAUGAAUAUACAAAGGGAAUUGUCAGUGCUGAAGACAACUGAAUUGAUUGUUGAUAAAAACAAAUCGUUCGUAGAUCGUAAAGUAGUUUAUCGACCAAGACUUAAACUUUAUCGUAAAAAUUGGACAUUCAAGAAACAAGUAACAAAUGAACUGAGAAAUAAGAAUUCAUGGCAAUUUAACUUUGCAAACAGUGAAACAAGGUAAUUGUUUGUUUAUUUAUUUUUAUUUUAAAAAAAAUAAAAAGAAACUCUUGUCAAUUUGUUUUUAAGUCCUUUAGAAAAACGUUAUAUAUCAAAUGCAAUAAAUACGGGAACAUUAAUUAAGAUGUGUUGUAUGAGAUCAGGUGAUAGGUUGUUUAUAAAUUUUAUAGAUUUGGAUUAAAAAAUAUUCACAUAAACUAAAAAUUUAUUUUAGAUUUAUUGGCAUUCGAUAAUGAGAGAGCCAACGAGUUGAUCCAGCUACUCACAGACAAACUUACAACUAUAGAACCACCAACUUCGGUGGAAACACAUGCAAUUAUACCAAAGGGAACUAGAUUAGUAA